UGAAUCACACUUUAAUCACUCCUUUGGGCUAAUCCUGAAGGCAAUUUGGAAACGACAAUAAGCAACUGCCUUCCAGCUAGGUAGAACAGACUAGCAUAAGCACAUCACACCCAUCCGCUGUGCUCUAUCUUGUCAUCAUAUCCAAUAGCGGGAUAUCCUCACAGAAAGAACAGCUUUUGUUUUGCACUCCAUCACAGCAGUUGCAUUCUAUAAAGAUACUCAAGCUAAUGGAGUCCAGAUUUGUACAUGCAAGUACUGGGGGCAGGCUGUUCCCACUGGAGGGACUUUAGCUGGGAAUCCACAAUUGCUGGAGACCAGACUGAGUCCAAGACUUGCCAUCUUUAAAGUGUAAUGCAAGAUUCACCUCUUUCAGUAAGCCUCCUCCUACAGUUGCUUUUGCUGUAGUCCCUUGUGGGCUUUCUGAUGACAUUAACAAACCACCCGCCAUUACCUGAGAAUAACGUAAAAGAAUUGCAGCUAAAUACUGCACAGCUCUUGGGUCAUUAUUCCUUAUACCCCUUACUAAAAUAUUAAAUUGGCUGGGGAGCAAAGGGACUCUGGGACACCUCCUGGCAUUGCCAUGCGAGAAUUAUGGGUUCAGCGUGACCUUCUGCUUACCUCCAUGGGAUGAGGGAGACUAGGGAGCAUGGGCAGGCCAGGGAGUGACUAAACAUCUAUAUCAUGGCCUUUUGGAUUGAUUAGAGACUAACAGUCUCUGAAAAAUUUCACUUUUUCACCUGGCCUUGUCUACAUUUGGAAAAUUAUUACAGUAGAACCUCAAAAAUAUGAACGCCAGAAAUACAGACUGACUGGUCAACAGGACACCAUGUGAAACCAGAAGUAAUCAAUCAGGCGGCAAUGGAGGCUGCAAAAAAAGCAAGUACUGUACUGUGCCUGUAUUGCAUCUUAAAGGUAGGCACGUCUGGGCUGCCUGUCCCCACUCGGCACCCACUUACCGCUAGGAGUUGAAGAUGCUGAGAUUCUCAGGCAAAGCUGAGUCCUGCCUGCGCAGAGACAGCAUUGGUGUCUGCGCUGCUUUCCACAACCCUCUCCCGGGGGGGGGGAGGGGGGGUUGUUUUCACACACACACACGCCCAUGGGGGGGAGGGGGCACUAUUUUCACCACCCACCCCUCGGUGGGGAGGGGGAAAAGCUUGUCCAGAAAGAAGGUGCCUCUAGAACCUGGCUCAGAGUGUGAACUGCUGGAGCCGGAGCUUUGUUUUGUUCAGAGUUAUGGACAACCUCCAUUCCCAUGGUGCCUGUAACUCUGAGGUUCUACUGUUCCGAGUUUCCAGCAAUGAUUCAGCUAUACAUUACUUCCAAUGGUGUACAUGAUGGUAUAGACAGGGCUCAGCUGCUUUAAUUACAGUGUCAGGAAAAGCCACUAGUAAAAACACUUCAGCCUUAGCUACGGUAGUGGUUGCAUCACCACUCAAAACCAGAAACGAAUUUUCCUCUCUGAGGGCAAGAGCCACAAUGGUAUGAGCUCUCUGAGGAAGAGGGGUUUCCUAAAACAGUAUCAGGAAAAUUGAAUAGCAGCUGGGCCUGACCCCUUCUCAGACACCCCUCCCACCACCAGACACAGAUAUGGAGUAAUGUAUGGUACAGGGACCCCUCAGCGGGUAGUUCUUUCAAAGCACGGCUAGUUUUUCUUCACCUAUCCUCAUGACAAGUGACGCUCCCCAGAAUUAAAGGGAGACAGGUGCUAAAACAUCGCUUGAGGACAGCCUAGCAGUUAUGCCCACCCCUGCUCUCCGGGGGAAAUUAAGAACAGUUGUUAGCCGGGAGGAGAGAACCGGCAGCCGAGGGGUAGCUCCAGAAUGCCACCUUGUGCCCAAGCGGCCAGGAGAGCGGCCCGACGACACGUUACUCGGCCUCGGGGCUGGCCUGCAAGCGCGGACUCAGAAGCGGGGCCCGUCCAAGGACACGCGGGCCUCCUGGGAAGCCAAUCCGGUGGGGCCCAGGGCUCCCGAGGGAGCUUCCCCCGCGCCGCGCGGGGCGGGAACGGAGCUGGGGGCCGCGGCCGAGCACCGGGAAAUGGUUCCGUGUGAAGCCGGGAAGGGGGCUCCGGGCCGGCCUGCACCCCGCUCUCUGGAGCGGCCUUCACCGCGGCUCCCUGUGCCUCAGUUCCCCGCCUGGGACAGGGCGCGGCCUAGCGCCGGCCACCAGCCCAGCUCCGGGCACUGCGGCGCCCGGACAGCACGGCGAGGGGCCGGCCGGCGGCAAGCGGGAGUAGAGCGCAUGCGCAUCGCGCCUCGGAGAGCGCGAACCGGCUGCGCCGCCGGCCCGAGGGAUCCGGAACGCCGUGUCGGGCGCGGCUCCGGCAGGCCAGUCCUCCAGUGUCCCAGCGUGCCCCGCGUCCCGCCAUGCUUUGCGGCGCGGGACUGGGGUAAAGGUCAGCGCCAGGGCUCCGCUGUCGGGUGUGCUGCGCAGGGCUCCGCUCCCGCCGAGGACCGCCGCGGCCAUGGCCAAGCAGCCGCAGCCCAUCAGCCCCGUGAAGAACUUCUUCGCCGGCGGCUUCGGCGGCGUCUGCCUGGUGUUCGUGGGGCACCCGCUGGACACCAUCAAGGUCCGACUACAGACCCAACCAAAACCCCAGGCUGGGCAGCCUCCACUCUAUUCUGGGACCUUCGACUGUUUCAGACAGACUCUCAUUCGAGAGGGAGUCCGAGGCUUGUAUAAAGGAAUGGCAGCUCCGAUUAUUGGAGUGACUCCCAUGUUUGCUGUGUGCUUCUUUGGAUUUGGUUUGGGGAAAAAACUCCAGCAGAGGAAUCCUGAUGACAUUCUAACAUAUCCCCAGCUGUUUGCUGCUGGCAUGUUAUCUGGAGUGUUCACAACAGCAAUCAUGGCUCCAGGAGAGAGGAUCAAGUGCCUUUUACAGAUCCAGGCUGCUUCAGGUGAAAUUAAAUACGGUGGCCCAAUGGACUGUGUGAAACAGCUGUACCGUGAGGCUGGAAUUCGAGGCAUAUACAAAGGAACCGUGCUCACCCUCAUGAGAGAUGUUCCAGCCAGUGGAAUGUACUUCAUGACGUAUGAAUGGCUGAAAAACAUUCUGACCCCUGAGGGGAAGAGUGUCAGUGACCUCAGCGUGCCUAGGAUUCUCUUCGCCGGAGGUAUGGCAGGGAUCUUCAACUGGGCUGUUGCCAUCCCUCCUGAUGUGCUGAAAUCCCGCUUCCAGACCGCUGCUCCAGGGAAGUAUCCCAAUGGCUUUAGGGAUGUGCUAAGGGAGCUUAUCAGAGAGGAAGGCGUCUCAUCCCUGUACAAAGGGUUCACAGCCGUUAUGAUAAGGGCCUUUCCCGCUAACGCAGCCUGUUUCCUUGGUUUUGAAGUUGCUAUGAAGUUCCUUAACUGGAUUGCACCAAGUCUGUGAAGACUAGGAAAUGUCCUCCUGGGAGAGAAAAAAAGACCAUGAUGCUGGAUUAAAGGGAUGACUUCAGAAACCCUAGGAAUUAUUAAUUUUCUAAUCCCCAUUGCCUUACUCGCAUCCUCUGGAUGGUGUAAUGGUGCCAUUCUGAACCUUGAGCCAUAACUCUAAUGUAGAGUUUUCGUGAGGAGUAGGAAGUAUGAGUACACUUACUUUCUGAACCAAAUGCACCAUAGCAGUGAUGCUGCUAAUAGACACCUAUCGCUAUUACAGUGAGAGUCCCUAAGUACUUCCUCUGGAAGAAGAGGAGACUCUUAAUUUCUUUCUUUAUUUACUGAAGAAGCAGUUAGUGCUGAAAAUCUUUCGAAAUAGUAAUUACCAGCCAGUGUGCACUUAAUUCUCAGGAUGUGGCUUAACACUUUAUUGCAAAUGUUGAAGUGAGACACUAUUUUCCAUCAGUUAUAGAUAGUCUCAUCAGCUGUUAGCAUGUUGAUGGUGCCUUUAUUUUAUGUGCAUGUAAUGAGGGGCAAUAUGGAACAGAACAGAUUAUAGCUAAAAAAAAAAUCCUAAUUCUGGGGAGAGGGGGUGGGUACGGAGGUUUUUUAAAGCAUUAUGGAGGCCUUGUAUGGUGACCACCUUGAACAGAUGAAAGGUGCACUGUGGAACUAAGAGUUAAAGUGAAUUAUGCCCAACUUUCUUGACUAAGUACUGCUAACCCAGCUGGCGGGGGCAUUCAGCGGAGAAACAAGUUCUAACUGAUCUCAUUUCUCUUCAAAAUCCUUUCUUUCCUCUCUGAAAUCCCUUUGGUACUUCCUGAUUCACUGACUGUAUCCAGAACACAACUUUACAAAUACCAUAUGACUCAUUGCAAUCGAUGCUAUAUCUGAUGUCCCUGAAUGAUGCAUCCUGGGAGAUAGUCAGUGGAAGUACAGAGAGGAUUUCAAAGUGGGAGAAUACUUAAACUUAUUUUGGUGCUGAAUUUCCCCCAUGGCUUACUUAAUGGGGACAGUCAGCCCUGAAGUCGGUGUCUGGCUCCUCAGCUCAGCAUUAAGAGAUCUUGUUAAACAUAACAAAUUUUGAGUUGACACGAUGGAUGCAAGGGACAGGCAAGACAAUCUGUAACCUGUUCCAGUUGUGAUUAAAUGAUCCUAUUUUAUCAGGAUUCAAAGUUU